UUGACCUCCACAUUACUCUAAGUUUAAAGUGUUACUAUUUGAAUUUCAUUCAAAAAAUUUAAACAACUUGUUUUCUUCAAAAAUGUAUUUUUAAUUAAAAAAAAAUUACACGAUUUUGUUUUAUUGAGACAGUAUAUCAGGAUUAAUACAUGAUCGAAAGAGUGUCAUAGCAAUCAACUGUCUUCAAUCAUAUAUUUUGUAAGCGAUUUCUGUUAUCUUCAAUCAUUAGACAAGUAUUCUUUUAUCAGUAUUGUUAAUUACCCGCGAUAUGGUGGGGAAUCCAGUCGGUUCUCUGAUGACAUUCCCGUGAAAGAUUAUAUUUUGUGAAAUAUUCAAGUGAACCUUAAUUUAACUUGUCCAUAAUGCCAGCACCAAAUAAAUCAAAUGCAGCAAUGUCCCCCGAUGGUGAUGGUUCAAAACCAUCUGUUCCUAGAACUGAGCUUCAAGAUUUACAACUGAAAGCUGGUCAAGUGACUGAUGAUUCACUUGAAAGUACCAGGCGUAUGUUGGCUCUCUGUGAAGAGAGUAUAGAUGCUGGCACAAAAACUAUAGAAAAUUUGCACUAUCAAGGCGAACAAUUGGAUAGAAUUGAAGAAGGUAUGGAUCAAAUUAAUGCAGACAUGAAAGAAGCGGAAAAGAAUUUAACAGGGAUGGAAAAAUGUUGUGGAAUAUGUGUAUUACCAUGCAACAAGUCUGCUUCAUUUAAGGAAGAUGAAGGAACGUGGCGAGGCAAUGAUGAUGGUAAAGUAGUAAAUAAUCAACCUCAACGUGUUAUGGAUGAACGAAAUGGCAUGGGUGCUCAAGGAGGCUAUAUUGCUAAAAUUACAAAUGAUGCUCGAGAAAAUGAAAUGGAAGAAAACAUGGGACAAGUGAAUACCAUGAUAGGAAAUCUUCGCAACAUGGCCCUGGAUAUGGGAAGCGAGUUAGAAAAUCAAAAUAGACAAGUGUCUCGAAUAAACAUGAAGGCUGGAUCUAAUGAAACACGAAUAUCAGUUGCCAAUCAGAGGGCUCACGAACUUCUAAAGUAGUCAAACUUACUAUUUGUAUUAUUUUUUUUAAUCACUAAAACUGUUUAUUGCUUAUUCCUGAAUUAUUUGCUAUUUUAAUUAUGAAUAUUUUUAUAAAUAGAUAUACCAUUAUAAUUAUUA